GGACGUUCCGAUACCUAAACUGAUUCGAGCUGUUAGUGAGGAGGUAAAAUACUGUCUAGCUAGGCAUCUCAAGGUUUUAAGACACAGUCAGCCAUAGUUCCCAAAUGACUCGUGUAAACUAAAUAUGCCUUGACAGUAGUUUUCUAUUAUUUCGCCAAUUAUAUGCAACUCCAGUGAUACGUUUAUUGUACCAGCCACACACUGAUCACGAGUUGCAAGCAGUGAAAACACACAGGAUCCGGACUCCUCAGAAGAGAGUCGACUCGACUCGGGGUUUGUUAUCGGAUAAUUAAUGUGUUUAUUUUUUCCAGAAGGGAAAGAUGUUGUCAUUCGAGGCAGCUAAAGCGAGGUUAGAAACUGCAGGACAGAGCCAUGUUUUACAGUUUUGGUCUGAACUCUCUGCGGAAGAAAGCAGUGCGCUUCUGGAGGAGAUAUCUCUGCUCAAGCCCGAAGAGUUACUCGAGCACUGCCGAGCAGCUGUUGAGGCUGCAAGCCGACACUCGAGUGCUGAUGGUCGGCUAGACGCGCGGAUGGAGCCCGUUCCUCCAGAGUUCAUCGGAAGUGUGCGUAAAAGUGACGAAGAAAGACUUAAGAUGUGGGGUGAUGAAGGGUUAUUGCAGAUUUCACAGGACAGAGUGGCUGUUUUGCUGUUAGCUGGUGGUCAGGGGACUCGACUUGGAGUGCCAUAUCCCAAGGGCAUGUACAAUGUUGGGCUUCCAAGUGGGAAAACCCUGUACCAGAUCCAGGCUGAGGGUAUCCAGAAGGUGCAAGAGCUGGCCAAUCUGAAGCACGGUUGUAGGUGCACAAUACCAUGUUGGAUCCACUCUAGUCAGACUCAGCACUGCAUCAUCGUUUACAUUCAGUCUCUCUGA